AUGAUCGGCACCGUCUACAAGCAAGUCACUCCUCGCGCACACCUUCGAUCGAACGAGACUAACCAUCGCCUGCAGCGCGGUCCUCCGCAGCAACACUACUAUGUUCGCCAAUGGAAGGACAUCAAGCAGCGCUACAUGGAGGCCGCCGAGGACGACGAGUAG